AUGGCACCAGGUGCAAUCUUCGAGACGCCCAACGUGGCCGAGGACUUCAACAACCACCGUGAUGGACUUGCUCUCGAGGCUACCUCUGACGCCAUCGACGACGUUAAUGUCCUCAAAGCUGCUCUGAAAGUCAAGAACGGCACAGCCUCACAAAAGGAAAAAGACAUCUACGAGAAGUCAGAAUUCGACGCGGACAAGGACAAGACACAGUUCCGUCAGUACGAAGAGGCCUGUGACCGAGUCAAGAACUUCUACCGCGAGCAGCACGAGAAGCAGACCGUAGCCUACAAUCUCAAAGCCCGUAACUCCUUCCACAGCAAGACACGCGCCGAGAUGACCGUCUGGGAAGCCAUGGAAAAACUCAACACGCUCAUCGACGAGUCCGACCCAGACACCUCCCUCUCCCAAAUCGAGCAUCUCCUCCAAUCCGCCGAAGCCAUCCGCCGCGACGGCAAACCACGCUGGUUCCAACUCGUCGGCCUCAUUCACGACCUAGGCAAGCUGCUCUUCUUCUACGAAGCCCGCGGCCAGUGGGACGUCGUCGGCGACACCUUCCCCGUCGGCUGCGCCUACUCGGACAAGAUCAUCUACCCAGACACCUUCAAGAACAACCCAGACUACACCGACGACAUCUACAGCACCGAGCACGGCAUCUACGCCCCCGGCUGCGGCAUGGACAACGUCAUGUUGUCAUGGGGCCACGACGAGUACCUCUACCAUAUCAUGAAGGAUCAGUCCACCAUCCCAGAUGAGGGUCUGGCCAUGAUUAGGUAUCACUCGUUUUAUCCGUGGCACUCGCAGGGCGCGUACAGGUGGAUGAUGAAUGAGAAGGAUGAGCGCAUGCUCGAGGCGGUCAAGGCGUUUAAUCCCUACGAUCUUUACAGCAAGAGCGAUGAGGUGCCCAAGGUUGAGGACCUCAAGGAUUACUACAUGGAUAUUAUUGAUGAGUUUAUCGGCAAGGAUAAGAAGCUCAAGUGGUAA